CCUCCAGCACAGGCAUCAUCCCAGACCGGAUCUACUCCGAGCAUCAUGCACCGGAACCUCCCGCACCACCGGACUCUGGUCCUGCUGUGUCUGCUGCUCCGGAACUCUCUCAGCUUCAAGAACGACGCCACGGAGCUUCUCUUGUCUCACGUUAGCACGACGGUACCGGAACCGCAGAGUAACGUGUCUCUCAACCGAGCCCGGACCGGCGGCAGAGCAGCAGCCGGGCAAGCGCACGACCGAGGCGAGCGGACUCAGAUCGGCUGCAGGGAGCUGCGCUCCACCAAGUACAUCUCCGACGGCCACUGCACCAGCAUCAACCCGGUCAAGGAGCUGGUCUGCGCUGGCGAGUGUCUCCCGGCUCAGAUGCUACAGAACUGGAUCGGUGGCACUCACGGGAAAAAGUUCUGGGGCCGUCGCGGCGGCGGCAGCGAGUGGCGCUGCGUCAACGACAAGACCAGGACGCAGCGGAUCCAGCUGCAGUGCCAGGACGGCAGCACCCGCACCUACAAGAUCACUGUGGUCACCUCCUGCAAGUGCAAGCGCUACUCCCGGCAGCAGAACGAGUCGGCGCACGAGGAGACGUCGCUGUCGCCGCUGCUGCUGCGCACGCACACGUCCAAGAGGAGGUCAGGGAAGAAGCAGCUGAGCGCCAACUGGCACGACGCCGAGCCCUGAGCCCUGAACCCUCGCAGCCGGCCCACAGGAGGACUGACUCUGAGGGCAGGACUGGACACCCUCGAGCUCUGCUGAGGAUUCUGAUAAUGUGAACAGACGAGGGGCGGGACCGGGCCCAGGGUUCGGACCGCCUCCAGAACCACCAACACCAGGACCACCACAGCUCCUCUGUAAAUAUGUGAAUACAGCGACGUGUGUACAUUUCUACCAGAUAAAUGAGGUAUAAUGUAAUAUAUUUUACAGAAACAUUAUGACCAGCAUG